AUGAGCCCUAGACGCUCAUCCCGUGCUCGCUCGUCACAGCAGCCCCCUCCUGCUCCCAACCACACCAACUCUACCUCUUCAAUCAACUCCAAACCGGAGCGAGAUACUCGGACGAACAAUCGUGCACCGUCUCCUCGAAGACCCUCCACCCAACGAUCCGAAUCGGCUGAUGGCGCCGACUCGUCGUCUCGGACCGAGCAGAUCGCACCGCGUCGCAGCCGCCGAAAUGGUGACGAGAAAGAACCAAUAGUCAAACAACAGGCCGAGGAAGAGGAAAAUGGCCUGGACCCUGCUGAUGAGGAAGUCACUCGCUGUAUCUGUGGGCAGGCCGAGUAUCCUGGUCCCUCUCCGCUCCUGCGCCAACAACAAACAAUCCCCGACGCCGUGACCGACGACACGGGCAAUUUUUUCGUCCAGUGCGACAACUGCAGCGUCUGGCAACACGGUGGCUGUAUGGGUCUUCUGGACGAGUCGAUGCUUCCGGAUGAAUACUACUGUGAACAGUGCAAACCAGAAUUCCACAAGAUCACAAAGUCAGCAAAUGGGACAAAAUCUUCCCGCUACCUCCCUGUGCUGGAGGCGGGCUCCAGUCGAUCCUCUCCCUUAUCCUCCAACCCUGAAACGGGCCGCAAGAAAGAGAACAAGAACAAGCAGUCCGAAAGCACCAAGAGAAGGGCCACCUUCAACAGUCGGGGUGCAUAUGACGAGGAUGAAAUGUUGAGGAGGGCUAUCGAGGAGAGCAGAGAGAUGGGCACUCUCGGGAAACGCACAAGAGAUGAAUCAGAAGAUCUCAAGGGUGCUUCCAAGCGACAACGCACGGGAUCCAACUCCUCAGGGACAGUUUCCAAGCGUAGCGAAUCACCUGAACUAGCAGGUGACGACCUAGCUGGGCGAUCAUCCACCAACGGCCGGAAUGCAUCACAAAAACUGAGAGGCGCGGCCGCUCGAAACAAUCGCGAGAAGGAGCUUCGAGACAAAGCUAAGGAGCAGCAAGCCGCUCAGCGUGCAGAGGCGGCAAGCAAGCGUAAUGCUCGGUCAGAACGAAGGAGGGCAGAUGACUCGCCUCCUCCCACCCCGAGCCUCUCCCCUUCAAAGAAUGGACAAACCAAUGGCAAACCAAAAGCGGACACUCCCCCGUCUGGGCGACUGAAUCCUAAUAACAGCCGCAAGCCCGGCACAAGACCCACUGCAAGGCGAGGAAGACUAGGUAGAAACCAAUAUACGCGUGACCAAACAAACGGAGAAGAUGGGGACAAUACACCUCUCCGAGACGGAUCCCACGAUAUUAACGGUCACGACAACAAAAAUGGAGGCUCACCUUCUGGAGCCGAUAGGAAGGGCAGUGGGGGGCCCGGUGCCGCACAUUGCAUCAACGGCGAGAGCGGACGCAGUUCGAAGGCCAAAACACACCCUGCGAGGACCAGUCUCAACGAGAUGAAGAGACGAGUGGCGGCGAUUCUGGAAUUUGUUGGACGCAUGCAGACAGAACGAACGACACAGGUUCAAGCGGCGAUGCAGGUGACCGGCGGCAGCGGAGGGAGCAGCAAGGGCUCCACCACGCCAAACGGCGUCAGCAAGACUUCGAGUACGUCGAGCACCACCGGGAGCACGUUGCCGACAGCGAGUCUGGUGCGUGCUGUCGAGGCUGGGCUCAAAGAGGUGAGAGAGAAAGACGACGAGCAUGUGGUUUCGAUGAUGGAUGAGAGAGAGUUUGCGACCAUGGGAAGUGUAGACAUGAUGGAGACGUUGACAAGAGAAUUGGUCCAAUGGCAGAGUGUCUAUGGGGUAUAUUCGCGGUGA